AGGUCUUUGUCAGAGCCGGGCCUCGGGGCUGGACCCUGCGGACUCAGCGCUGGUGCGAGUUCAUCUUCCCCUCGAGGAAUCCCCUUUGGAACGGCGGCUUCUAUUGUUGCGUCCCCGAAGGGCCUCUUGAUUCGGUUCGUCUCGAUUCGCUUCUCUGCCCCAAUCAGUUUGCAUGCUUCGCUCGGAAGUCAGGCCCGGUCUCUGGGUUCAGUGGGGUUUGCAACCAGAAACGUGGGAAGCUGCCCUAUAUACAGAGUCAGGCUGCUGGGUCCAUUUAGCUCAGUACAGUAUUGUCUACAGCAGCUUUUCUCAGCUUUGGGUUCCCAGAGGUGGUUGGACUAAACUCCUAUCAUCCCCUAGCUAGCAGGACCCAGGGGUCAGGGAUGAUGGGAAUGGUAUUUGCAGAGCUGGAAGGGACCUUGAGGGUCAUCUUGUCCACACACACAUCCACACACCCGCAAUGCAGGAAUGUUUCUCCUAGCCUGAGACUCGAACCCACGACCCUAAGACUGAAUCUCAUGCUCUACCAACUGAGCUAUCAUAUCAUACAACUUUUAGAAGACAUCUGAAGGCAGCCCUGUUUUGGGAAGUUUGUUUUUUAUGUUUGAUGCUUUAUUAUGGUUUGUGUAUUCUGUAAGCCGCCCAGAGCGACUGGGGAAACCCAGCCAGAUGGACAGGGUAAUUUAGUUGGCAUCCAGCUGUCUUGAGAGGCAAUGGAAGAGUGCGCCAUCAGGGUAAAGUCAAACAGUUUGAGAGUUACAGCGCCAGACCAAUGGGAGAGACAUAUUUUAUUGCAGCUUGGGCAAAUGAAGGCGUCUGGUUUCAAAUACACCAUGGGGUUUAUUCUCUCUGCACUCCUCCCAGCAGUCAUUUCUCCUUUGGUCACUGCUGUGGAUAUGCAGUCCACCUAUCUGUCUCUAGGCACUGUGGUCAUCUGCAUGAGAUAAUAUUCCUGACAAUAUCUGGGGACUCAAGGUUGAGAGCAGCUGGUCUACACUCUCCCAGCUCCGCCUGGAGAAUGCAGGGGAUUGAAUUUAGGGCCUUCUGCAUGCAAGGCUCUACCAUUGAGCUAAGGCCCUUCUCCAGAUAAACUGCAUAAGGCUAUGUAGCCGUGUGCUGGGAGAAUGAAGGUGGGAUCCUGUGCACACUGCCUUGAGAGCAAGGGCCAUUGAGCACAACAGGAUAUGUGUAGCCCAAUUCUGUCCAUAUUUACAUAGAAGUUAAAGCUGCAAUUCUGACACAAGCAGUUAUCUACGUAGAUUAGUUGUGCCCCUCUUUGGAACCUCAAGCGUCACUUACAACAGUUUACAAAAAGACACUCAAAUUAAUAUCACACCAAAUCUAGGGAUUUUUUCAGACGGCAUUUUUCAUGUUCUUCUCUGAUACCAUACCAGGGAGCUGCUCUUAGCACAAUCCUGGUGCAACUUUUCCAGUCAUCUCCAGCCAGUUUUACAUGGGUGGUGGAUGAUGGGAGUUAUACCCCCACAAUACUUGCGAAUCCAAUGUUGUGGAGUGGGGCUGUGCAGGUGGGACUUAUGAUGGAAGCAGUCUUCUCUUUUUGGCAGCAAGUCAUCUUAGCCAGCCAACCUAAAUGCACCAGAGUUCAUAAUUUAUUUGUGGCACAUAAACAAGCCAGAGAGAGAGAGAGAGUGUGUGUCCUUGCUUGACUACUGAAGUCAAUUCUUACUCUCCACGGGGAGAUAUACCAACCUGAAAUAAUGGAAAAUUGUGAUAUUUUAAGCUAACAUUUUCUUCUGUUUUAUGUUCUGUGGUAUAGCAGUGUUAGCUCUAGGGGUGCUGUGCGGGGAGGCUUGGGAAAGUUCAAAAGGUACUCAUGUCCUCAGUGGGCACUUUUCCUUGAGUGGAUCCAUGUCCUCCUGCCAGUAUCCAUUUGCUUGCUGCUGCCUCCUACCUGCUGUGGAGCUUAUCUGCAUCACCACUCAGAGGAAUGGAGGGCAAAAUAUUGACUAAGAUGGCUUCAUUGACUCGACAGAUAUCCAGAUGUUGCCCCUUGCUAAAGAAAAACAGUAUUGUGAAUAGUGCAAAACAGCUAAGAAAGCAAGCUGUCAAAACAUGGACACUUCCUCUUCAACAAUCCGGAUUGCCAUUGUUUUGUCCUUACAGAUACUCAUGUCAACUAGUGUUAAAGAACUCUAAGACUGUACUUUUUGAUAACCAUGUACGAUGCUGUAGUUCAAGCACUGAACUGAAUCGGAGUCCAGAUAAUAAUUCAUCCUUAGUUAACAGACCAGAAACUGAAAUAAUAUCCAGUUCGUAUACUGAAGCAUUGCAUGAAGAAGGAUUAGAAGGCACUUUGCCGCCUUCCCCUUUUGAGAAAGUUUCAGAAGAUGAGGCUCUUCAGAUCAGGGCUGAGCCACCACUUCCAUUUGAAUCGUUCUCGCUUCAAGAUUAUGUUGAUCAUUCAGAAACACUGCAGAAGCUGGUGCUUCUAGGAGUUGAUUUGUCCAAAGUGGAAAAACGUUCAGUUGCGGGCCAGCUAUUUCUCAAGUUGGACUUUGAAAAAGAUAUAAAAAACAUCAUCCUGUUUCUCAAGGAUGUUGGCUUGGAAGAUAAGCAGCUUGGGCCGUUCCUCACAAAAAAUCCCUAUAUUUUCAGAGAAGAAGUGGAAGAUCUAAAGACAAGGGUAGCAUAUCUAACAUCAAAAAAAUUCAGCAAGGAAGCAAUUGCACAGAUGGUCUCAGGGGCUCCAUAUUUACUUCUCUUUUCUGUGGAAAGACUGGAUAAUAGGCUGGGUUUCUUCCAAAAAGAACUUGGACUCAAUGUACAAAAGACCAGAGAUGUAGUAACUCGUCUUCCAAGGUUACUGACUGACAGUCUUGAGCCUAUUAAAGAAAAUCUGAAGGUGUAUGAGCUGGAACUUGGUUUUAGUCAGAACGAAAUUCGGCAUAUUGCACACAGAAUCCCCAAGAAUUUAGGUAUAAGCAAAAGGAAGCUAACAGAGAUCUUUGACUACGUGCACAACGUCAUGGGCAUUCCCCACAGCAUGAUGGUUCAGUUUCCUCAGGUUUUUAAUUCAAAGCUGCUGCGCAUCAAAGAAAGACACAUGUUUCUUAAAUUCAUUGGAAGAGCACAAUAUGAUCCCAAACAGCCCAAUUAUAUCUCCUUAGAAAAACUGGUAUCGCUGCCAGAUGAUGUGUUCUGCGCAGAUGUUGCCAAAGCAGAAAAACAAGACUUCUGCAUUUUCUUGAAAACACUGUAAAAGAAAAGAAACAAACUUUGUUGAUAAAAUAAAUCUGAAGGUGUUUUUCUUAA